AUGUCAACCAACUUGAAGAACUCGCGCUCCUUGCGCUUAAUCGUCGCCCUUGCAAUUCCCUUUACACUCAUUUGUUAUCUCUACUCGUGGAGACAAUCACCCAUAUUCAUCUCCCGUCCCGCCAUACCGCAGUCUUCCGAGACAACUAGAACCUGCACAGCAAUAUCAGUGCCUCUAAAGGAACCUUCAAACAACAAUAAUCUUACUACUCCCGCUGCACGCAUUUAUACACUGCCAGACAAGGUCUGGCAUUCUGCCAAGUUUGAUGAUAUAUCAGAAACCCAACGCGGAUGGACCGGCAGCUGGACCAGGAAAAAUCCCUCUAUCCGCCAAGAAUUGUUGACCGAUCGAUCCGCCGAAGCAUUCGUGCGCGCUCAUUAUUUUGAAACACGACCGGAUAUCGUGGAGGUUUAUGAAGCCCUUCCAAUCCCGAUUCUACGUGCGGAUCUUUUUCGUUACUUGGUUGUUCUCGCCGAAGGCGGCAUUUGGGGCGAUUUAGACACCUCCUGCGAGAAAGAGGUUGCCGAGUGGGUACCCGUAGAAUACCGAAAUGAGAAUAUCGAUAUGAUUGUCGGAUUGGAGUUCGACUUUGAAUGGCGAGGACCGGGGACGGAAGUUGCUUCCCAGUUCUGCAAUUGGGUAUUUGUCGGACAGAAGAACUCGCGCAAUCUGAAAGUAAUUGUUGACACUGUCAUCAAUAAAUUGGAGGGCAUUGCUCAAGAAAACGCCGUGAGAAUCGAAGGGAUUACCUUCGAAAUGCUUUCAGACGUGGUCGACGUGACGGGACCUAAGAUUAUGACGAUUGCGAUCCUGGAGAGCCUCGGACAAUUGCUCGGUAGGACCGUCGACGAUCGCGAUUAUGCACAAAUCAAGCAGCCCAAGCUGGUUGGUGAUGUUUUGAUCAUGCCCGGAGUCUCUUUCGCUGCUCUUCAAAACGGGAACCCGACGGAUCAAGGUGACGCUCUCGUGACGCAUCAUUACGAAGGCUCGUGGAAGAAGGAAGAUGCAGAUGCAAAGGAGAGGAAAAAGCAGAAGCAAGGAAAAGAACGGUAG